AACCGUCUCCCUGUUUGUAGGCUGCAGCCGCAUCUCCCAGCUUCUCCUCUGCAUCCCACCUAUACAGCCCAGUGAUCGACGUUUCAUGAGAAGGACCUCAAGGUGGGGCUAAAUGGUCUUAUAUUCCCAACGAUGUCGCGUAGGCGGAGUCUGACUCUCGUGCUCUUUGCUAUGCCGCUGCCUGCUCACCCUGUACUGUACAUGACAAAAGCAAGAGGAUGGAGUGAGUGAAAUAAAUUCAUACUUCUUAUUUCUCACAACCACUUUUUGUCAUUUGGCAGGAAGAAGGGCUUUCGCAUCACUGCGCCACAUUAAAAACAAAACGUGUCCUAGUUCAUGGUAGUUGCUCUUUUUACGCACACUACUCCAGUGAAGGCGGCAGCAGUUCAGAUCAGAUUUCACUUUCAGCUCCGACCAGCUGAGAGAGACGGCCAGAGAGCACGGGUGCUCGCUUCUCUGCCUUUCCCUCCGAUACCCCCCUGUGUUCGGCGAGCUCCAGAAAAAAAAAGCUCUGCGAGGAAGAACCGGGUGCGCAGCGCAAAUAUAAAGAGCACCGCCGGGAUUUUCCCCUCCUCUCUUCUUUUAUGCAUUUCUGCAGGAUUUCGGUAGCGAUAGCGCCACAGAGAAUUGGAUAGAGGGAAGAAGAGAUGGACGAGCAGUCGAGGUUGAUGCACUCUCAUACGGGGGUAGGCAUGGCAGGGCACCCCGGCCUGCCGCAGCAUAUGCAGGAAGGCACCGGAGGAACGGACGGCGACGGGAGGAAACAGGACAUUGGAGACAUUUUACAGCAAAUUAUGACCAUCACGGAUCAAAGUCUGGAUGAAGCUCAAGCCAGGAAACACGCGCUGAACUGUCACAGAAUGAAGCCAGCUCUUUUCAACGUCUUGUGUGAAAUCAAAGAAAAAACAGUGCUGAGUAUCCGCGGCGCCCAGGAGGAGGAGCCCCCAGAUCCCCAGCUCAUGCGGCUGGACAACAUGCUGCUGGCAGAGGGCGUAUCUGGGCCGGAGAAAGGUGGCGGCUCAGCAGCGGCGGCAGCUGCAGCGGCGGCGUCGGGAGGAGCCGGGGCCGACAACUCUGCAGAACACUCGGACUACAGAGCCAAGUUGUCCCAGAUCAGACAGAUCUACCACACGGAGCUGGAGAAGUAUGAACAGGCGUGUAACGAGUUCACCACUCACGUGAUGAACCUGUUGCGGGAGCAGUCACGCACACGGCCAAUUUCUCCCAAAGAGAUCGAGCGCAUGGUGAGCAUCAUCCACCGCAAGUUCAGCUCCAUCCAGAUGCAGCUCAAACAGAGCACCUGUGAGGCCGUCAUGAUCCUGCGCUCCCGCUUCCUUGACGCCAGACGGAAAAGACGAAACUUCAACAAACAGGCAACAGAGAUCCUGAAUGAGUAUUUCUACUCACACCUUAGUAACCCCUACCCCAGCGAGGAGGCUAAAGAAGAGCUGGCAAAAAAGUGUGCCAUCACAGUGGCCCAGGUUUCCAACUGGUUUGGGAAUAAAAGAAUCAGAUACAAGAAAAACAUUGGUAAGUUCCAAGAAGAAGCCAACAUGUAUGCUGCAAGAACUGCCGUGAAUGCGGCUAAUGCAUCCUCACAUGGAAGCCAAGCAAAUUCACCCUCAACUCCAAACUCUGCAGGUUCUGCUGGUUCUUUUAACAUGUCAAACUCCGGGGACUUGUUCAUGGGCGUGCAGUCUCUCAAUGGGGACUCGUACCAGGCGGCUCAGGUGGGAGCCAACGUGCAGUCACAGGUGGAUACCCUUCGCCAUGUUAUCAGCCAGACAGGCGGAUACAGUGAAGGACUCACAGCCAACCAGAUGUACAGUCCGCAGGGCAUCAAUGCAAACGGUGGCUGGCAGGAUGCCCCAACCCCCUCAUCAGUGACUUCACCCACAGAAGGACCCGGAAGUGUUCACUCUGACACUUCCAACUGAUCCUCCACCCCCCAUACUCCUUUGUCCUCUGCCUCCUACCUUCCUCCAACACUACACCUCCAACUAUAUCUCCCAAAACUUAACUCUCUGACCCGGUUGGAACUGAACGUAACACAUAGCGGGACACAGUUGGUGUCUUGGACAAUGUUUUCACAUUUACGGACAAAAAUGUUACGUUUCCUAUCUGGACCACCGGCACAGCGUUAGAAGCCUGCGUAGUGGACUCACAUCUACACUUCACAAUUUGUACAGUUUCCACUUGAUGUCCAUGUUGCCUCUUUGUAUUUCUCUUAUUGUACAUUAUAUAUUGACACAUUAGGCACAGUUAGUUGUAUAUUGACCCCACAUCCUGUCAUUUGAAAUGCUUUCACACUACCUCUAUUCAAAAUAACAACAGAGCAAACAACAUGUCAGAUGCGUUGCUUUUACAAAUUUUGAUAAUUACUGGGAUUUGACUGUACACUGCACCAUACCCUGUCAUGACUACUCUGUUCACUACUAUGUUGUUUAUCUAUAGUGCCAAAGUUCAACCCUGAGGGUGAAUUUUGAUAAUAUCAUGUCCUUACAUUUUUCAUGCCAUACUUUGUGAGGUAUUAUUAUGUUAGUCCAGUCAUUUUAGUCCGGUAAUAUCCAAGUAUUCAUCCUCAAUUUAUAAAGUUUGUAUUCAGAACUUUUUAUGCAAGCAAUUAACAAAUUAAGUACAACUUGAAGAUUUGUGGCUGCAAAGCAGAUUCAUAGAAAAAGUGACCUGAAACACUAUAUCGAUGACAGCAUUAGUGGCAAUUAUGGCAUGUCAGUAUAUAUUAAAGCACAAUAACAUCUAAUGAUCGAACUCAAGGGGUAACUUUGUAAAUGUUGAAGACAAGACGACAGAGGAAAUUUAAAGAUUUUACUGUAGUCGUAUGUGAAAGCUAGAGAGUGUACAAUCAGUAAAUCAGUACAUUAUCAGACAGACCAAUGGAGCCAAAUACUGCAGCUAACCAAAUGUAAAACAAAAACUGUCAGUCUGGUUUUAAGGCAUCUUGUCAUUGGGAUUUAACUUAUUGCAUGUGUUUGAAUUCAUGCUCAUUUUUUGUUUAAGGAAUUAUGUUUGUCUUAAUCCUGAAUGCGAUCGGACAUCGCAAUAACAAUUCCUCUACAAAAUGUACUUCAGGUGCAUGCAAAAAAUCAUCUUCUGUGUCUAAAAUGCCCCACUGUGUGCUCAGGACGGAGGCACAGAUAUACUGUAUCUCCAUCUGUAUCUAGUGCUGAACAACUCAUCUCGUAGCACCUGUUCUCUGGUAACAUUAGAGAGAAUGUCUGAAGUAGAACAGUGUUUAUAUUUUAGUCUCCGUGAAUCUCUUCACUUUUUGUUUUGUUCUAAACGUCACAUUCAUCAACACAAACCGAUCCAAAAUGUGAAACCAGAUGUGUGACCUUUGUUGUAUGUACAGUACAGUAUGUGAUCUAACAUGUAUACAUGAUUACAGUAGUCCUCAUGAGAUAUCAGCAUUUCCACACUUUGAUACCAAAAAACAUGGCGGAAUUUUUAUCCUCUACUUUGGGAUCAGCUUUAUCAACAUUUUGCUUUCGUAGUAUUUUAUUAUCUGCGGUACUACUGAGCACCUCAUAAUGCUCUAGUACUCUGUAUUCAAAGCCAAAAAGCAGUUGGAAUAACAGUAGUGUUUAUAUAAAUUAAACUGAAACAAAUACCCUGAUGGCACACAAAUCCAGAUGAUGUUGGGAUAUAUUUUUACGUCUCCAUUUUGUGACUAUUUCAUAAUUAUUUGCUUUUGUUUUCAUAUAAAUUUGCUUUGCGACAGGACUGUCUUUUUUUUAGCGCUACCAUUUUGUGAAUUAACACAAGAACCCUCUAUAUACAAUAUGUAGGUAUGCACCUUUACUCUUCUUUUACGACUUUGAAUUUGGACAGUAGCUAUUUUGACCCAGCUUGACAGAGUUCCAGGUGGAUUUAAGUUGAAAUGGUGAAAAUUAUUUUAUGGUCAGACCACCGACAUAAGCCCGCCUCCAAAAUAGUUACUGUCCAAGUGAAGGUGACAUAGUUAGCGUUAACACUGCCCUCUGGCAUUGUUUUAGCUUAACCGAACCCUUGCAGAAAACAAAAUUCAACCCAGAGUUCCUAAUCAGUCACAAAAUAGCCUAAUAGCCACGUGUAUUUUUCAACAGCUGUCAGUGUGUUUGUAUUUAUUACACACAUAUGAAAUCAUGGAUGUUUCCGAGCUACGGUGUGGAGGUCAACCACAGUGUGAUCAUGCCAAACAAACUCACUUGGAUCAUUCAGAGUAGCUCCCCCUCGCCCCACAGUCGCGGGGCCGAGCACCACCUAGGUGAUACACAGAUCCCGUUUCAGUCAUGUCUUCUUGAAGUCAAUGGAGUGAACUGACAGCACUGGCCACGCGAUGCAAACACAAGGACUGUUUUUGAACCCUUCAAAAAAAAAAGGGGGGGGUGACUCUUCUUUUCACAUUGCCUGUCAGAUAUUAUCGAAGCUUCAUGUAAUGAUGCUUUUUAGUUUUUGAAUAUAAAAGGAAAAGAGACAUGAGAGAAAAAUGAACAAUUUGUAAAACAUAAAAUGUUUUAUUUGUUGCAUGUCUUUUUGUUCUUCAAUAAAAUAACGUACUGCAGUGUUUUGAAUGUUAACUUCUUUUUUAUAGGGAUUUCAGAGUGAAAUCGUGGAGCCUUUUUAACUUUAGGUUUUAACUUUAAGAUCUCUGCAUAUGUAAAAAGGUAUCAAAUGGAAAACUAUUGUAUUUUUAAUUCCAAUUUAAAACCUGUUUUCUGUGGAGGAAAAAUAGCUAAAAAGGUGUAGGUUUUAUGGUCUUAAUUUGUACUUCCACUGCA